AUGUAUGUGUCUUUCCCCGAAUGUCAGUGCGAACGCAAAGCUGGCAGCGUAUCGCUCAAAUUCAGCCAGGGGGUCAUUGGAGUGCAGCAGGUCGAAAACGAGUUGCUUGCUUUCAAGAUCUUGGAUGGUUCGAUACACAUCAACGGCUUUGGGUUUGAAAGCCGCGGCCGUGAGACGAUGGAGCUGUUUCCAACGUGGCCCGAAUUUUUGGAACCCGGGUCUCAAACCUUUGGUCAUGCAGUGAUCAAGAAGGAAAAAACUUGGUCGGGAGUUGUAUAUCGCACCUCCGUUCGCUUUGUUAGUUAUAUGUAUCUCUUUGCCGACGAGGACAAGUUUCGCCUACUUGACGAAAUGCAGGCUUUGUCGUUGAUAUUUGACGAAUCAUGGGAAAUCCAUGAGAAGGACCACGACGAAUCGUUUUUCAAAUCCUUGAUGCCCCCGGAAAAUCACAGGGAUCUUGCGCCGAAGACACCCUUGCAGCAAACCAUUUGGAACUCUAUUGAGGAAGUACUUAAGCGAGACCGGAUGGACGAUGCUACCGGCGGUCGUGAGCUGAUAGAAUUUCUGACGAGCUACAUCAGCCAUCCCACGCCGAGCAAAGAAUUCACGACCUUGGCCGACUUCAUGGAACACCGUAGAAACGACGGUGGAAUGAUAGUAUGUUGGACGUCUGCAAAGCUCUCCAUCGGGUCCCGACAGGAAUUUUACGGACCAAAGUUGGGCACCUUGACCCGGCUAUUAGCGUACCAGAUGCUUGCCUCGAACGAUAUCGCUUCGUAUGAUAAAGAGAAGAGGUACUGGCAGCAGGGCCAGGCAAAGCAGUUUGAAACGACAAAUGGCGUUGUUAUUAUCCGCAACCUGCUCUCAUUACCCAGUGAUGAGGCUGCGAAGGCUUUGGCGUAUGCGAAUCAGAUGGAAAUUGAGAGACGCAUCGAUUGGGAAAUAGAAAGGUUGAAGCAAUCAGGUAGCCUGACCAACGAGGACCGGAUGCUGAUCGAGUGCAUGAUAUAUUGCGUUACGGGAAACAUGAUGGCGGCGAUUACCAUGUCUCGGUAUGGAGGGGAGCAUGCCAAACUGUGA